CACCGUCCUUCCCCGAAUGCCCUCAUCUUCCGUUCAAAUUUACACUUCACCCUAGUAUAUGACCGAAGCAGCUGUUACCGUCCAAGCUCCAAACCAAAAAGACCCUCUUUUUCUGUCGAACAAGCAUUCUUCUUCCGAAUCUUCCUUGCAAAAAACACACACACACAAUCAGUCUCUCUCUCUAUGGAUCCACUUUCCGCCCUUCGCGACUUCACCAUCGCAGGCGAACUCGACAAAAUCGUCCGAGUCGGUGACGAUUUCCGGUUCGGCACCGACUACACCUUCCCCUGCUCCAUGGCUACCGCGUACAAGGCGAAACAAGGGCAACUCUACACCCUCGAAACGCUAAUUCAUUUCAUCAAGAACCACCAUCUCAAGCACUCCGAUUACAUCCGCAUCGCCGGCGCCCACAAAAUCACCGCCGUAACCCUCCCCGACCGCAAAUCCUUGCUCGACUACCUUCUCGGCAAAGUCUCAUCCACCGACGCCAUCCAACUCCUCCCCCAAAACCCCCCCUUCACUGCCACCACCGCCACUAGAACCUUAUUCAACGACGACGAUGAGUACCGGCCCGAUGACCCCGGUUUAAUCGCACCACCUACCACCACCGCCACAGCCGAUAAUCGAAUGGAUAUUGACAACGAGGACCGACAAUUCCAAGAUAACGAUGUCCUCAAUCAUCAACAUUCUUCUGAUGGACGGGUAAUUAGGGUUUCGGAGGAUACUCACUACAUGUCCAUGCUCAGAGCUGUAGAGAAACCCCUCAAAGAUCGUGAAUCCAUGUUGGAGUCCCGGCACCGUGACUUUUACAGCGUGCUCGUCGCCGCUACCAAGCGCGACGAGGAGAGGCGGCGGAUUGAGUCGCAGCAGCGGAAAGAUGGGUUGGUGGCGAAGAAUAGGCUGCUGAUGCGGACGGACGAGAGAGGGUAUGGGGAUGAAUUAGGGUAUGACAUGACUCCCAAGUCCAAGAUGCACUUGAAGGGGGGCAAGAUGGGGGAAGGACUAGGAGUGCCCAUAAUUUUGGUACCCAGUGCGUUUCAGACGCUGAUCACUAUAUAUAAUGUGAAGGACUUUUUGGAGAAUGGAGUGUUUAUUCCUACUGAUGUAAAGGUGAAGGAGAUGAAGGGGCUGAAGCCUGAUUGUGUUACUGUGCAGAAGAAGUUUAGUAGGGAUCGGGUGGUGACGGCCUACGAAGUGAGGGAUAAGCCGUCGGCACUGAAGCCGGAGGAUUGGGAUCGGGUGGUAGCUGUUUUUGUUUUGGGCAAGGAGUGGCAGUUCAAGGAUUGGCCUUAUAAGGACCAUGUUGAAAUUUUUAACAAAAUUCUUGGAUUUUACAUGCGAUUUGAGGAUGACAGUGUAGAGUCAGCCAAAAAUGUGAAGCAAUGGAAUGUGAAAAUUAUCUCGAUUAGCAAGAACAAACGGCACCAGGACAGAGCUGCAGCGCUUGAUGUGUGGGACAGACUCGAAGAAUUUAUGCGCUCACGAUCACAUGGUUGAGGUAGACAGACUUGAGCAUGACGAGCAUGCCUAUAUGCUUUAAGAUUGCCUGGGUGUAGUGUACAAACUUUGGCGGUAGCCGAUCUUGCUUUCAAGAUUCACCAGCUACAAAUGUAAGUUUAUGCCAUCUUUGUGCUUGGGAGAGGGACUCUUCUAGUGGGAUUGUAACUAUGGAGCACAUUGCUAGUUGCAAACCUUCUGGAAAUUUUUGUUUAUGUUAUAAAGAGUCCGGCUUCAUAUAAAAUUUUGCUGCAUUGUCUGACUCCAAUCAGUUGUAUUAAUUGUGUACCAAAUUUGAUGAUUCAAUUUCUUUGAUAAAAUCCUUGGAUCUUCUUUUCUGCCA